CCGUUUCGUCGGAAUGUUUUCAUGUCUGAGAGUGCCAACAGCUGAGGUCCCUGUAAACUUGUAAAAAGAUAGUCAAAUCAAAACACAACUAUCAGCAUAAUUAUAGCUGUAAUGUCUCAACCACAAACUGAAACAAUGGACGUCAGCACCGAGGCCAAGCGGAUUAUGGUUCAUGCUUUGGGGAAAAUAUACACUUUACGCACGCAACGUGGUGGACUUCGCCUUCACCGAAGUUUGUUGAUCACGCUUGUAAUGAAGUCGGCGAGAGACAUCUACCACAGCUGCCGCAUAGCUAGUGAGCAACCAGAAGAGCAGGCUAACUUCACCGGAGUCACUACGGAAUCAUGUCAAACAGGUACGGACCCUGCUGGCGUCCCACGGAAUGUAGACUCCACUCCUGCUCCAAAGACAGAAGUUACGGAGAACUGUCCUAAGACUGAUGUACAGAGUGACCCACUUUACCACAACACUGGAGCAUACUCGGAGGACAAGGAGAAUCAGAGUUCCACCAGCCCCGACAGACAGUCCAGAAAGCGCCACGGUAAAGCAGCUGUUGAGCCCGAUUUCCUACCCUGCAAAAAGGCAAAAAUGGAAGCCGUGGAUGUCAGGCGGAACGGUGCGCUUAGGGCCACUUGCUGUGGGAUAAAGGACUCCUUAACACAUAUCCCCAUAUCGAGGGGCAUUGUUAGUUUUUGAUGUGGCAACGGUGGCAGUCGCUGAUAUUUUCGAACUUGAUGCGCUUUUUGCGCACGAAAAGGGAUACCCGAAUCCGAUGACCUGUGGAUGAUAUCUCCGGGGUAUGGCAGCCAGCCCACAGUAUGGUUCAGUGGAGCAUUGUGUCCAUUGUGAGAAAUCUUCGUUUGGGUUCAACGCAACUAGGCAUGCCGUCAAGGAACAAACGUGACUGCAAGACAAGAAAGUGUCUUGUGUGCUUUCUUCAGAAGCCUUUGGACAGUUGCAGUUGAUUGAAUUCAGCCGUGAGCAGGGAAGUCAAAAUAAAGGACUAUUGGUUCUACAAUUGUCCAGCCACUUAACAUGUUAACUCGUGUAAAUACAGAAUGUUUUGAAUGUUGUGUGGACAAGAAUUGCAUUUCACUGGAAGGAGCAUUCUCAUGUUAGUCGUAACAAGUCUGUGGUGACUAGUCAAAACACUCGAACUACACAUUCCAAUUCCACAAGCUACCUCAUUAUUUAUUUAAUAAAAAAUUAACACGA